AUGUUGACACAGUUUGUCAAGCUGAUAACCAUCACUGCACAGGUUAGUUCCGACCCCUUCCGUUUCGCCUCCCAACCUCCCUCUUAUUUCUCUACCCAUUUCGCCGACCCAGCCUGUGUGGUCGGGCUCAUUCUAUUUGGUUCCCUGAAUUCCACUCGAGUCAGCUAUGGCGAGCGGGCCGUAAUAGCCUUUAACCAUCUCUACCUUAUCGACUGGGAUCCGCAGUACGAAACCCUGCCCUAUCCACCCAGCACGGGUAUCUACUCUGUCUACACUCGAGAUCGCUUCUACGAGGGCAUUGGAUUCGCAGUUAAACAGUUCAAUUUGACGGAAGAAAUAACCAUCAGCGGCUACUCCUUCGCCGACCGCAAUCGAACUGUGCAAUUUUGCCUGAAUCAGGUAGUUCCCGGUGGCGUUCAACGAGACGGCUACUCCACAGACAACUGCAGUAAGUCCAAAUCCCCCCUCCCCCAAAGGCAACACAUUGGCCACGGGAUGCUGUUUCCCCUUUUUUAUCGCGAGAUUAUAAAUACGUAA